CACACCCAACUUAAACCUCACUCUCUCUCCCACUUCCAUCUCUGCAAUUUUGAUCCAUUGAUGCAAGCUAUUCGAAUAUCUUCAUUUGUACCCUUUUCAUUACAGAUUUCCAAAAGAGAGAGAAGAGAAAAGGAAGAUGAAGAGUUUUAAGUUAGGAAGAGCUCUGGUUCAUGGCUUCAUCAACUACAGCCACCCCAAAACCUUAACCUUCCACAACGGCCAUCUCUCUAAUGGCCAUAUUGCGCAAAACUCUUCAGCUUCAAUUGAUUAUUUCUUCUUCAAAUCCACAUUCAUAAGGUUCCUAAGCACCGAAGCCUCUCAAAGUGAGAUACCAAACCCCAACUCGCUAAAGAAGUCAGUUUCGGGCGCCGAGAAGCAGGAGAUUGAUCGGCCGAAGGAAACAGGCGUGGUGGUCUCCAGUUAUUGGGGUGUUAUGAACCAGAAGAUAAUAAAAAAGGAUGGGACCUUAUGGCCAUGGAAUUGCUUCAAACCAUGGGAUGCGUAUACGCCGGAUUUGUCGAUCGAUCUUUCGAAGCACCACGUGCCAAAAUCGUUUGCAGACAAGGUGGCCUUUAGGACCGUGAAGCUUCUUAGAAUACCCACCGACAUCUUCUUUCAGAGGCGGUAUGGAUGCCGGGCCAUGAUGCUUGAGACAGUGGCUGCAGUGCCUGGAAUGGUAGGUGGCUUGCUCCUUCACCUCAAGUCCCUUCGUAAGUUUGAACAUAGUGGGGGAUGGAUCAAGGCUCUAUUAGAAGAGGCAGAGAACGAGCGCAUGCACCUCAUGACCAUGGUUGAGGUCGUGAAACCAAAGUGGUACGAGCGCUUGCUCGUACUCAUUGUUCAAGGCAUCUUCUUCAAUGCCUACUUUAUUCUUUAUGUUUUGUCCCCAAAGCUUGCUCACCGAAUCGUGGGUUACUUGGAGGAGGAGGCCAUUCACUCAUACACAGAGUUCCUGAAGGAUCUUGAUAAUGGUUCAAUCCCUAAUAUGGCAGCCCCGGCCAUUGCCAUUGAUUAUUGGAUGCUUCCUGAGAAUGCAACUCUCAAGGAUGUUGUCACUGUUAUUCGAGCUGAUGAGGCGCACCAUCGGGACGUUAACCAUUUUGCAUCUGAUAUCCAAUUCCAAGGGAAAGAAUUGAAGGAGGCUCCUGCACCACUGGGAUAUCAUUGAGACCUCGCGUCCCAAGAGAAGAUAUUUGUAGGAGGAAUAUUUUGAUUUUACCAUGAAAAAACGAUUUUUAUCUCACAUGUUUUAUGAUGUAGAAUGAUAUUGUUUGUGUUUGUACAUAUUCUGUUUACUACCUAUUUUACGAAGGAAAAAUUGUAUAUAUAAUUAUCAAGUGAGUUCCUUCAUAAUGAAAAAGUUGAAGGAGGCAGUUUGUUUGUAAA